AGAUACCCGGGCCGGCUACUUUGCUACCAUAACCAAAGUAAAUGGGUACUACUAGAUACUCGCACGGCGUAGUUCCACCUCAUGCGACCAGAACUGCGGAUAGUUUGGUUUCCGGAACCCUAUCAUGCCAAUUAAAUAAGGAUGGGCCGCCCUUUGCCUGCCUGCUUCUACGAUGAUAAGAACCCGCUCGUCUUAUCAUCUGGAUACUAGCACUCUGUUCCUCUCUCAGUGAUACCAUGGUCAAAAGGGCGCUCUGUUCCUUUGGUGUCGAUGUCGAUGCUGUCUCAGGAUGGCUUGGAUCAUAUGGCGGCGAAGAUUCCCCGAACGACAUUUCGCGGGGAAUCUUUGCUGGAGAGGUUGGCGUACCACGGCUGCUGAAGCUGUUCAAUAAGUACGGUAUGAAGACGACUUGGUUCAUCCCAGGCCAUUCUCUUGAAACCUUUCCCGGGGAGAUGGCUGCCGUCCGGGAUGCUAGCCAUGAAAUCGGUCUUCACGGCUACUCUCAUGAAAAUCCCAGCUCGAUGACUGUAAAGCAGCAAAAAGAAGUUUUGGAUCAUACGCACAAGCUUUUGACUGAUUUCUGCGGGAAACCUCCAGUGGGCUCGGUCGCUCCUUGGUGGGAGACAUCCAAGGAAGGCGUAAAGCUUCUCCUCGAAAAGGGAAUUCAAUAUGACCACUCUUCCCAGGCUCACGAUUGCUCGCCGUUUUGGACCAGAGAUGAGGACACCUGGACGAACAUCAAGUACUCUGCAGAAUCUGCCCAUGAAUGGAUGAAGCCUCUUCAAAGAGGGACUCCCACUACUCUGGUGCAGAUCCCGGCUAACUGGUACCUCGACGACCUGCCCCCUCACAUGUUCAUUAAGAGCUCGCAUAACUCACACGGAUUUGUUGAUGCAGACGUCACAUUGAAGCUAUGGAAAAAGCACUUCGAGUACUUCUAUCGCGAGUACGACUGGUUCAUCUUCCCUCUCACAAUUCAUCCUGAUGUUUCUGGGCGCCCUCAUAUUUUAUUAAUCUUGGAAGAGCUUAUUGAAUGGAUCAACACACACGAAGGUGUCGAAUGGGUUACUAUGAAGGAAAUCAACGACGAGUUUCGUCGAUUGAACCCAGUACCUGAAGGCGCUAUUGGUGGAAUGAGCCAGUAAUUGUCCAUGUACCAAAUCGCGGCUCAACUUGUUUAUAAGGCGCUCCUGUAAUAUCGCAACAAGUUCUCAGAA